AUGUUAAAUUUAGUGAUGGUUUAUUUCCUUCGGUUAUUCUUUGAGUUUCCUGUUGGUGAAGAUUUUAAAGGAUUCAUUAGAAAUUACUUUCAACAAUUACCCAAGACAAUUUUAUUUGUCAUUUUGAUAGGUUUGAUGUUUUUGGCUAUCACAUAUUUCAUUGGUAGUAGUACUCCUAUGACGACUACCAACAAUUAUUUGAUAGAACUUGAUACCUUACCUCCACCGGUCAUCUCUACUAGGAAACCUCUCUUACCACUUAUCAUUAUCACUGCGCCGUUGGAUGAAAGUUUCAAUACCAAUACAUCUGCCUCAAGAGAAUCAAAUCGGAAGCCAGGAUCAGACAAUAAUCUUCUUAAAGUUCCACCUCAUCCACGCUUGAGGACAUCAAGACCUAGAUCUCACUAUCCUGUUGACUCUAUGAAUCUCGUUUCUGGAACGUCGUUUACGAAUCUACCGGGAUAUUCUCUUGGGUUGAGAUUGAUCAAUGAAGCUCUUGGUUCACUUUCAAUCAAUCACAAAGAUGUUUGA